AUGUCAUCGCAACCCCCCAAAGGCCGCUUAAUCUCCCAAUUUGAAACCCGCGCAAUCACCGAGCACGGCAAAGGAUGGUCGGAUCUGUGGGAUACGGGAAAUAGCAGCCUGUGGGAUCGAGGAAGGCCAUCCCCUGCAUUGAUUGAUCUGGUGGAGGAAUUCCACGAGCUUUUCAAUCCGUUCCUCGCCGCCCCUGUUGCGAACCGACCUCACCCUCGGAAAAAGGCGCUUGUUCCGGGCUGCGGACGAGGCUACGAUGUCAUCGCACUCGCUCUGCACGGGUUCGACGCCUACGGACUGGAGAUCUCCGCGACAGGCGUCGCAGAGGCGACCGCCUACGCGGCAGGCGAGAUGACUUCGCCCCAGUCGUAUAACUUUGGCAAGGAUGAUCCCAGCCCCAGUCGAGUACCGGGAGCGGUGCAGUUUCUCCAAGGCGACUUCUUUGCGAACGACUGGACGCCGUCCAACUCGGGGCGGUCGUUGACGUUCGACUUGGUCUAUGAUUAUACUUUCUUGUGCGCCUUGCAUCCAAGCCAACGGAGCCUGUGGGCAGAGAGAAUGGCCCGGUUGCUACCCUCCGGUGGGCUUCUGGUUUGCUUGGAGUUCCCCAUGUACAAGGACCCUGCAUUGCCCGGUCCGCCUUGGGGCGUGAAGGGGGCUCACUGGGCCCUUCUGGCGGGAGAAGAUGGGCAGGGGAAGUUUACGAGGAAAGUCUACGUGCAGCCGGCGCGUACUUAUGCGGUUGGUCAAGGGACGGAUAUGAUCAGCGUGUAUGAGAGGAAGUAA